AUGGACCCCUCCCUCCCUUUCUCAAGAGGGAUCCGGGCAGGGGCAGGAGAAGCCACGUCAGUGCCAAGGCUGGUGCUUUGCUCCGUGCCACGACCUGCGUGUGGCAGGUUUCAGGUGAGCGUGCUGACCACGCUGGAGCGCAGGUUCAACCUGCAGAGUGCCGACGUGGGCGUCAUCGCCAGCAGCUUCGAGAUCGGGAACCUGGCGCUCAUCCUCUUCGUGAGCUACUUCGGGGCGCGGGGGCACCGGCCGCGCCUCAUCGGCUGCGGCGGCAUCGUGAUGGCGCUGGGCGCGCUGCUGUCGGCGCUGCCCGAGUUCCUGACGCACCAGUACAAGUACGAGGCCGGCGAGAUCCGCUGGGGCGCCGAGGGCCGAGACGUCUGUGCGGCCAACGGCUCGGGCAGCCACCAGGGCCCCGACCCCGACCUCAUCUGCCGCAGCCGCACCGCCACCAACAUGAUGUACUUGCUGCUCAUUGGGGCCCAGGUGCUCCUGGGCAUCGGUGCUACCCCCGUGCAGCCCCUGGGCGUCUCCUACAUCGACGACCACGUGCGGAGGAAGGACUCCUCGCUCUACAUAGGAAUCCUAUUCACGAUGCUGGUAUUUGGACCAGCCUGUGGAUUUAUCCUGGGCUCCUUCUGUACCAAAAUCUAUGUGGAUGCCGUCUUCAUCGACACAAGUAAGGAGCAUGCCCCGGGCCUAACCGGUGCCCACAGUGCUUCUCCCCUCACAGAGGAGGCUUCCGCCUCCUCAUUCCAAAACCUCCUGAGUAAACAGUGUGCUGCUGGCCCCCUGGGAUCGGAGAGCCUGGGCGUGGCCGGGACUCCAGGGGCCUGCUGUGUCCACCCUGAGGCUGGCGCCACGCCCUUGCAGAAAGCCCACGCCUUUGUGUCGCUGCGCGCAGCCUCCAGGCCACCCGGGCACCGAGACAGGCCCGAGUCGCUGCCCCGGACGAGCCCGCUGCCGGCCCCGGGAGCCGCGCUCCCGCCCUGGGUAGCUCCGGUAGAAGGUGUCUGUUCUGCCAACGAUGGAGCUGAAGCUCCUUUGCCCAGUGUCACCUGCUCCUGGUCCGUCGUGCAAGGCCCGGGACAGAACCACCGCUGCUCCGAGGCUGACUUGCCUGGGAGACUCGGUCGUCUGGGCCUGGUGCACCCAGCACAAGCAUUCCCACCCCAAGUCCAGACCAUCGAGAGGGGCCAGGCCCGGGCUGCAGUGCACCCUGGACUUCUGGAGGCCCUCAUCCCGAAGGUCACCAAGCACCUGCUCUCCAAUCCUGUGUUCACCUGCAUCAUCCUGGCUGCCUGCAUGGAGAUCGCCGUGGUGGCGGGCUUCGCCGCCUUCCUGGGGAAGUACCUGGAGCAGCAGUUCAACCUCACCACCUCUUCUGCCAACCAGCUGCUCGGGAUGACGGCGAUCCCGUGCGCCUGUCUGGGCAUCUUCCUGGGCGGCCUCCUGGUGAAGAAGCUCAGCCUGUCUGCCCUGGGGGCCAUUCGCAUGGCCAUGCUGGUCAACCUGGUGUCCACGGCUUGCUACGUCUCCUUCCUCUUCCUGGGCUGUGACACAGGCCCCGUGGCCGGGGUCACCGUUCCCUACGGAAACACCUCAGCACCUGGCUCGGUCCUGGACCCGUACUCGCCCUGCAAUAAAAACUGUGAAUGCCAGACCGACUCCUUCACCCCAGUGUGCGGGGCAGACGGCAUCACCUACCUGUCCGCCUGCUUCGCCGGCUGCAACAGCACGAAUCUCACCGGCUGUGCAUGCCUCACCACCGUCCCUCCCGAGAACGCCACCGUGGUUCCCGGAAAGUGCCCCAGCCCCGGGUGCCGAGAGGCCUUCCUCACCUUCCUGUGCGUCAUGUGCGCCUGCAGCAUGAUCGGGGCCAUGGCGCAGACGCCCUCGGUCAUCAUCCUCAUCAGGACCGUCAGCCCAGAGCUCAAGUCCUACGCCCUGGGGGUCCUUUUCCUCCUCCUGCGCCUGUUGGGCUUCAUCCCCCCACCCCUCAUCUUCGGGGCCGGCAUCGACUCCACCUGCCUGUUCUGGAGCGCCUUCUGCGGCGGCCAGGGCGCCUGCGUCCUCUACGACAACGUGGCCUACAGACACCUGUACGUCAGCAUCGCCAUCGCGCUCAAGUCCUUCGCCUUCGUGCUCUACACCACCACGUGGCAGUGCCUGCGGAAGAACUAUGCACGCUACAUCAAGAACCACGAGGGCGGGCUGAGCACCAGCACAGAGUACCAAGACAUUGAGCCUGAGAAAGCCUGCCCCGAGUCACGCCCGCCUUCCGAAGACUCCUUUGUGAGCAGCUGAGGGCCCGCCCGCCCUCUGCCCGCCGAGGACAGCCCGCG